CAGUUGGAGUGCCAAUGGGAAGUAUUGUGAGAUUCCAGGGGUUGGUUCUAUUUAUUGUGGCAUCAGCCUGUUUUGCCUGCCCGUUUCGUUGAGGCAGGCAGAGGAGGUAGGUGGUGCGGAGAUGAUGGGUGGGGAGAAAAGAUGCCGCCACCGCCAUGUACCAGUUAGAACCAAAGGUGAGCCUCUCUCCGUCGCUGCCAUGCCCAGAUGAUUGGCGUGGAAAAGCCCUCAGCGUUAUGAAGAAAAUGGUGCUGUGUGGAAAAAGCUCGUCAGAAAACGGAGCAAGGGGACGGGUCAAUGCAAAUGGCGACUUGGCGCAGGAUGAGCACGAACCCGAUGCUUUUCAGCACUUACCGAGCCCAGGAAUGCCGACGAGGCCCAAAAGUCGGUCGAGUCUACUCAAAACGUUGCGCUGUCAUUGGCGAAAGUGCAAAGCAAAAACUGCCAACAGCAGGUGGGCCGAAUGUCCAAGAGACGUACCGGAGGCAAGCGGUCCCGCAGUGGUCCCGUCUGCGACUGGCGUCUGCUGUGCCGUUGCGUUACCGCCGGACGACUCGAGUCUCGAGAUCAAAGAGCAGCGACCUCCCGGCUCGACCGUCGGGCCGCGCAGCGAUGCCAACGACAACUACGUUCGUGGUCAAGCGAGCGCCGCACUCGAUGGGACGUCAGUGGACGGUCAACGGCCCACGUCGAGCCUGGUGCCAGCGAGCGGCGUUCCCCUUCGAGCAGUUCCGGACCUACGUAUGAACAGCCUGACCCAAGAACUAUUCAAGCUCUCCAAGCACGGUUGGUACUGGGGCCCGAUCACCAGGUGCGAAGCCGAGGAAAAGCUCGCCGACCAGCCGGACGGUGCCUUCCUGGUGCGCGACAGCUCGGACGACAGGUACCUACUCAGCCUGACGUUCAAGUCAUACGGGAAGACGCUGCACACGCGCAUCGAGCACUGCAACGGACUGUUCAGCUUCUACGCGCAGUCCGAUCCGGAGGGCCGCGCUUCCAUCGUGGAUCUAAUCCAGGAGUCCAUGAACUACUCCCAGUCCGGCGUGUUCUGCUACUCGCGGGGCCGCAGCCCCGGGGUGCCUUCGUUCCCCGUGCGUCUCAUCAGGCCCGUCUCGCGACUCACGCACGUUCGCUCGCUGCAGUACCUCUGCCGCUUUGUGAUCCGCCAGUACACGCGCUUUGACCACAUUCAGAGCCUACCGCUGCCGUCCCGUAUCAAGGGCUACCUUGAGGAGGGCCACUACUAAGGACCGCCGUGGACUGCCUGCCCCUCGAUUUUCCCGGGGGACGGACUCUGCCCUCGUGCGAUGCAGUCCGUGGCCACUGUCAGGACAUGACUGAGCAUCCGGGUCGGCAAUGCUCAAUCGUAGCCAGUGCUGCCAAGAGGCUCUUUUGCACAAGUUCCAAGGCACAAGGUCGUGCUUCCGGAAGACAUGUCAUAGGAACCGUAGGCAAACAUGCAAGUCAGAAGAAAUUGUCAGUGAGAUCAGUGGCGUCACUAGGGUCAACGGCACCCGAAGCGGUAGCCCCCCCCCCCCCCCCCCCCCCCCCCCCUCUCCCCUCCCCUCCCCUCCCCCUUGUGACGCGACUGAGUGAGAUAGUGUUGUUUAAGUUGUGUAGUCUUUAAGACUGCCAUAGUAGUGUUUGUACAUUGCAAUCACUAUUGUUUGUUGUUGUUUCUGUCUUUGAAACCGUGUGCAGGUUUCUGAGUGCCAUAUGUUGUAUUAGCUGACAUGCCGAGUAAAUAGAUUUUGGAGCAGAUUAAUUUGCCUAAGGGUUAAAGCCAAUUUGGUUCUUUUAAUCAGUCAACAUUAUUCUAAAGGCAAUUUCUAUUAAAUUGCUGGGACAAUUUGUCUGUGUACCACUCUUGCAGGACUGUUAAUUUACUGAACAUGGAAGCAACACACAGGAACAGUUAUGCUUUAGCUCAAAGUUUGAAUUUUCAUUUUGUGAUAGGUGAUACGUAGGUAGAUAUGCCAAUUUGUUUUUCCUUUCUGAUAACGAUACUAGCUUAAGUUUCUCAAUGAUAAUCAUGUUUUAGGUCAUCUGCUGACAUGGCAAUCUUUAUGGAAAGGUUAGUUGACUACUGCAUUAAAAUCAUUUAUGCUUCAGUAGUGUUACAUUUUCUAUUGUGUAGCUUUAAAGACCAGUAAAUUAUAAGUAGUCAGUAAUAGCUUUUUUUUUUUAAUUUUUUUUAUUUGUACUUUAUUGAGAUGCUUGCCGAGUUUAGGGGCCAGCAGAUGCAAUAGAAGCAAUUCCAGGUGUUCCUACUCGAGAGACUAUGCACGUCUGGCAUGCUCUUUCUCGGAGCUUGUCAGAUGUUGGAAAAUGGUGUCGGCAUCUUUCAACAAAUCAUAGGGUAUGCAAUCUCACCUUUCCCCUUGUGAUAUGCAUAGGAGUUUACACGUCACUGUCAUGUGCAGUCUCCCGCAAUGUGAUAGACCCCUUCGCCGGGGCAGUUUAUGCGGCAGUGCUAAGCGCACUCUGGCCACAGGCACUCUAUAUUUGGAGAGAGCAUGGAACAAAGGUUCAUUUAUUUCCUUACCUCAAGCAAUAUGGGCCUGGCCAAAGCGAGCACAACAUAGUCGUCUGAAACUGCAAUGUCAAAUGGGGCUUUUAUGUCGUUGGAGACUGACGUUUUGUUUUUUGCCAUUGAUUUCAUUGGGGGGUGGUUUAGUUAUUGUUCAGAAGCAGAGAGAUGCGACAGCAAUAUGGCACAGCUUUUUGUCAGUAUGGAAUGAUGGACUCGUAUGUGGAUCCCAUUGGGCAUCGAAAUGCCCGUUUUCGUGUGCAAGGAUUUACCGAGAUACCUAUAUCUACCGGAUUCUGUACAUAGCAUUAUACAUACAAAGCUUGUUAAUUAUUCACUAUGUGCCUCGACUUUCAAUAAAAACAUAUUCUUAGAAAGAGUUUAUUU